UCUGCCGGACGCUUUACGAGCUCCUGAUAAUGUGGGAUUCAUGAUAAAAACACCAAUGAGAUUUCCUUUAAGGAUGUUCAAGCUCUUCCCAGGUUAAAGUCCACUCUUCCAAAAAAAAAAAAAUGUGAAGGGAUGACAGUGGUGUAGUCUCUCCGGCUCUAAAAAACCAACACGGAUGCUCUCGUCUGGUGUCGUCUUAACGGGACACGCCUUUGAAACACGGAUGUUUUCAGAUUGUUUGUUUGCCGUGAGCAUCAUGAGUUCGGGGAGCGUGUCGGACCUGUAUAUGCCAGCGUUGUUCCUGCUGGUUUUGGCGUUGGCUCUGUUUUCUUGCGUGCUUCGCAAGAAGCGUCAGAUGGAGGGAUCGUAUCAACCCAGCGCCGAAGAGCGCAAGCAAGUCAAAAACCGAGGAGUGGAGAAACCCGGUCUCGCUCUGCCAUUGCCAAAAGAGGAAAGACUGAUAUAAAGGGGAAAUCCCAUUGCCAAAAGAGGAAAGACUGAUUUAAAGGGGAAAAAGCACACCAUUCUUUGAGUUAAUGAGGUCAACCUAAACUAAACUUGUUUUAUAAAGCUGUAUAUAUUGAGUUUACACGUCAUGGUGGACACACAGAAAUCACUAGAAAAGGUGGUGGGUAUUUAUUGGUCAUUUUUGACUGGGAUACAAGAAGUCUUUGCACCGUUACAGCUGAAUAAUGAACUUAAACACACUUGGGAGAUAUUUGAAGACACAUGCGAAUGCAUUCAGUGAAGAAAUGUGAAGUUUACACGCACAACCAAACCAGUUUUGUUUCCUUUAUCAGUGCUUUCGGUUUACCUAGUCCAAAGUCUUUCUUAAAGAGACGGUUCCCCCUAAAAUUAACAUUUAAUUACAAUUCACUCUUCCUGAAAGACUUGAUGAGUUUGUUUUUUUUUUCUGUUGAGAACAAAAGGAGAUAUCUUACAUUGACUUCCAUAGUAGGAAAAACAAAUACUGCGGAAUCGACAACUUUCUUGAUCUUUCUUUCAUGUUCAGCAGAAGAAAGUGAAACAGGUUUGGAAAAAGUGGAGUAAAUGAUGACAGAGUUUUCAUUUUAGGGUGAACUGUCUCUUUAAGGAGACACAUGGCAGCUUUACCUCCAAAAUAUUGUACCAUUACACUACUGAAAACAUAAAUGUCUAAAUUAUGAACACAUCUGGAGAGGAAAGAUUAUAUUUGUACUUUGCCAGGUACUGUUUUUGUACUGUAUAUAACACUUUAAUAUCUGUAUCUACUGAGUAAAAGGCAUCUUUGAG